UGUUUUAAGCAGUUAAAGUUACGAGGAAAGAAAAGAAAUGUUAAGACACAGUAUCCAGCACUAAAACUAACCAAUCCCUUCUGUUAAUAAGAUUUUCUUGGCGAGAAAUUUUUACAUGCUCUACCUCGUUUCUUCUACACAUUCCAUCUGAAAAUCGAAACUCCCAUCUUUAGAUUGAUCUAAUGGAGAACCAAGCAGAUAUGGAGAGUACAGUAGGAGGAAAUACUCAGGUUGGCGAUGUGCCUCCGGUGGAAGGUGUUGCUGGAGGAGGGACGGCCUAUGGAUGGAAUGAUGGUGGAUUCCAUUCAAAUCCUAUCCGUGGAACUGUUGACCCCACUAAAGUUCCGUCUUCGGAGCUAUUGCACGUUUGGUGCAUGCCAAGUACAUCAAAUGUCUGUCAGCAAGAAGUGCCGCGAUCUUUGGAGUGUAUAAAUCUUCUGGCGGCAAGAAACGAAAAGGAGAGUGCUCAACUUGCUAUUCGACCCAAAGUUACUUGGGGUGGUCCUGAUAUUGCAGGGGUUGUACAAGUUCACUGUACUGAUCUAUGUUCUACUUCCGGUGGUAGGUUAGUUGUCGGAGAAUCAUUGACUUUGAGGCGUGUGGUGUCUAUUUUAGGUGUGCCUGAUGCCCUUGUUCCCCUUGAUCUCCCUGUGACUCAACUGAACCUGCUUCCUGGGGAAACAACAGCUAUAUGGGUAUCUGUAGAUGUCCCUGCAGGACAACCCCCAGGGCAAUACGAAGGGGAGAUUUUCGUGACCGCUUUGAAGCAUGCAGAGUGGUCUUCGGCAAAAUGUCUAACUAAAGCUGAAAAGCAUGAAAUAUAUAGAGCACUAAGGGGAUGUCUUGAUGCUGCGGAACAGAUUGAUAUACAGGCACAGGAGGAAGUGGUUCAAAGAAUGAAAAUGGCCAAUACAGAUUUAAAGAGAAUUCUGGCAUCACCAACUUUUAGUGAGUGUUCUCUAGAUAAUAGCGUAGUGGACAUGAUGGAUGAAGACGGCUUCACAAAUCUCUCAGUCCGUAUUAAAAUAAGUGUGACCGUGUGGGACUUCACACUUCCAACAACACCUUCACUUCCAGCUGUAUUUGGUAUAUCUGAAACUGUGAUUGAGGAUCGUUAUGGUAUACGACAUGGCAGUGAUGAAUGGUAUGAGGCCUUGGAUCAGCACUUCAAUUGGCUCCUCCAGUAUAGGAUAAGCCCGUUCUUCUGCAGAUGGGCUGAUGGUAUGCGUGUGUUGGCUUACACCUCUCCAUGGCCAGCGGACCAUCCCAAAUCAGAUGAAUACUACUCUGAUCCUAGAUUGGCAGCUUAUGCUGUGCCAUACAAUCCAGUAUUUUCCAGUGGUGACUCAGCUAAGGACAUCUUGCGGAAGGAGGUUGAGACAUUGAAGACAAAGACGCACUGGAAAAAAGCUUACUUCUACUUGUGGGAUGAGCCGAUAAAUCUGGAGCAAUAUGAUUCCAUCCGCAAGAUGUCCACUGAAAUACGUAGCUAUGCACUGGAUGCUCGUGUUUUGACAACUUAUUACAGUGGGCCAAGUGAUGCACCUCUUGCACCUAGUACCUUUGAGAAUUUUAUAAAAGUUCCUAAACUUCUGCGUCCUCAUAAUCAAAUAUAUUGCACAAGUGAGUGGGUUUUGGGGAAUCGAGAGGAUUUGGUGAAGGAUAUAACAGCUGAGUUGCUACCAGAGAUGGGUGAGGAAUGGUGGACAUACGUCUGCUUGGGACCCACUGAUCCUCACCCUAAUUGGCAUCUCGGCAUGCGAGGAACGCAACACCGUGCAGUGAUGUGGCGAGUUUGGAAAGAAGGUGGCACAGGGUUCUUGUAUUGGGGUUCUAACUGCUAUGAGAAGGCUACAGUGGCCAGUGCGGAGAUAAGAUUCAGGCGUGGACUUCCUCCGGGUGAUGGUGUGUUGUUUUAUCCUGGUGAGGUGUUCUCUUCAAAACAACUGAUCGCUUCAGCCAGGCUAGAGCGCAUCUUAAGCGGCUUGCAGGAUAUUGAAUAUUUAAAUCUGUAUACAUCUAAAUACGGGAGAGAUCAAGGCCUUGCCUUGUUGGAGAAGACUGGUGUAUAUUUAGGUCCUGAGAGAUACACCCUUGACCACAUGGCAAUCGAUGUGAUGCGGGCUGAGAUUUUUAACGCAUGCAGAUCUGAUCAUUGAUUUUCUCUCUUCAAUAGUGAUUACAAGGAUAUGGCUGUAUUAUGUGUCCUACAAGACAAGUAAAUAUACCUAACUAGUUGGGACUUGAGAGCAAACUUAAUUAUUGUAGAUUCAUGAAAAGAAAUACUCCUACUUGCAU